CACUUUACAAGUCUGGCACCACUGACUGAAGGGCCUUUCAGAUUUGGGAAAAUUAACAAUUCUUGAAAAUUUCUGUAAACUUUCAAAUCUAACCGAGUCUUGUUGCGCUUUUUCAAUUAAUAUAAAUGUGCAAUUUUUGAGUCUUCUAUGAGGCAAGGCAUAGCUUAAAGUAGAAAGCCAGUUAAUGUGCAAUAAGUGCAGGCAGUGACAGGGACAACGACAAGAAAAGUAACGUAGCGGCAACAACAAUAAAAGAAUUGCGCAAAACAAAAACAAAAACAAAUUAUGGCAAAAGAAAACGAUGAGGUGCAACAUAACAACAACAAUAGUUGUAGUAGUAGCAACAGCAACAACAACGGUGUGGAUUCACUUAACGCAUCUGUGGGUGUGACGUCGACAUCGAAUGCAACAGAAAUACCCACAGCGGUGUCAUAUUGUGAUGCCGAUGUGCUAGUGGGUGACAUAGCCAGAACCGGUGACAAGAGCAAGGUCACAAGUGCAGGUGGUGGCGACUGUGCCGGUACAAGUUCGAGAAGUAAUCACUUUGGGGCGUCUACGUCAAGUUUUAUGCGUGGCAAACUCAAUGACCUGGUUGCGGACCUUUGUAUAAAUGGCCCAAUAGAUGGUAGUGGCAAUAAUGGUGGUUAUGGUGAUUACACAAACGGUCGUUCAAAUAACAGUGCACCAGUUGAUGCCACAAUGCAACAAACAAAUGUCAGUUCUACUUGGGAACCUGUAAGCAGCAGCGUCACUAGCCAGCAUGUACCACAACCACACGCAGCGCCAACACAAAAUGCAUCUUCAUUUUCUUUUAAACAUUUCUUAAGUAGCGGCCCGCCUAUAACGGCGCCAUCCAGCACUGUAACAGUCACAUCAUUGGACUCAUCGGCGUGCAGUAGCACGAAUGGUCCACAAAAUAAUAAUGCGAGAUUAGCGUCCAGCAGUGGUGCGUCAAUGCAGACGUCAACUGGCGCACGGCCAAAAGUUCCUCAGUCAGCUUCGCUUUCCAGCACAUCAAUAUCAUCGCUUAUGACUGGCGGUUUGUCGGCCACAAAUAGUGCAGGCCAACCAGAUAGCGGCAAUUCGUUUGGCACGUCAGCCACAAAAAUGAAACGAUCGCCACGAUUCUCUUCAUUCGAUUCGCAAGCAAGUCUGGCAGAAUAUGUGACUGGCGGUGCGGAUGAGCAAUUAGAGGGGGUCAGCAGCACUGGACCGAGUGGUGUACGCAGUGCAGGUGUUGGAGCGAACGCGAACUCUGGUUUCCGGCUUUAUCCAGAUAGUGGUGAUAUUUUCUCGACACCGUCGCGCAGCAGUCGUGGCAUGGGUGAUGGCGGUGCGGGUACAAACAACUCGUUAAAUAAUACGAGUGAAUACGAUCGGCAUCAGUAUGUGCCACGCUCCUAUUCAAACUAUGAAAUGCCCAUGUCAUCCGCAACAGCAUCGCCGAGACGUCGCACAGGAGCACCAAACGUUAGCGUUAGCGGCGGCGGCGGCAUGAGGGAAGCGCGUCCCACACGUCUUGCCUUAAACACAAAUUCGUCCAAACCGAAAGGGAAUUUGCCACUCAGUGACAUGAAUAACGGCGCAUGUGGCGGUGCUGCUGUGGCGGCCGCACCACCAGUCACCCGUCCACUGCCCAGCAAUGCCGGUGAAUUUCCCGCCGCCGUUUUGCCCGACUUCGUGCAAGAUCACUGGCUCGACUCGUGGUAUGCACACGAUAUGCAUCUGAAUUCGCCGCCCAAUUCGCCGAUACGUGAUUUCAGUGAUGUCGAUGUGGCGGGCGGUGCAAUUGGUGGUGGCGCCGGCGGUGGUGUCAACAAUAGCAAUGUGUGCGAUGUCGCUGGUGGUAAUGGUGUGAGCGUAGGCAUAGGCAUACCUGGACCAUCGCCCUCGUAUGGUGGUGGGGGAGGCGGUGCAACUGCCGAGUCCACGGCUAGUAAUGCGAAAAUGCUGCCAGAUUUCCUCUCUGACGGCCCAAUAAUACACUCUUCACAGCGGUUGGCCGACGUGGCUGUCGGUUUGCCAUCCAAUUCCAUAGGCUCGCCCGAUGAUCCGCCGAUCUCGUCACAAUUAUCGCGGCUGCGUAUUGAGAACGAUCGCUUGCAGCGCGAAUUAAAUGACGCGCGCAUUGCGCUCAACGAGCAGACGCGGCGUGCUAACGACUUGGAGCGACAAUUGCAGGCAAGUGAACUGCAACAGCAGCAGCAACAACAACAAAACCAACAGCAACACAGAAUUGAGGAGCUGCAAACGCCUGAGCGUGCUGAAGGCGCAGCGGAACGAAGUAAACGCACGAGUACGCCCACAGCAGCAACGGGCGCAACGUCACAAAAUUAUGUCGUCAAGCUAAAGCAGCAGGUGGCAAAGCUAACGUCUGAAUUGGAGACGUUGCGUCACGAAAAUGAGACGCUGCGCGAGGAGGGUGCCGUAGGCGGCUUCAAUGUACCAUACUGUGAUCGUGCGCGUCCAUUUGUUGCGGACGUGAGUGGCGGCGGUGGUGGUGGCAGUGGCGCCAGUGUAGGUGCUGCUGCUGGAGCGGCCGCUGCGGGUGUGCGUGGUGGCACUGUUGGCCGACCGUCCAGAACACAACAAUUUUCGCGUGACUUGCUGAGGGCAGCAUCAAAUGCGGAGAAUAACCUGAGGCAACUACUCGCCGGUGUGGAUAAUUUACGUCAAAUGGCUGCUGACAUUGAGAAUUCUGAAGUGCGUGUGGGGGGCUACGAUGUCAGUCCCGAUCUAUUUUCAGACUUCUUAGACGAUUGUGAUGAUUACGAGGACUACUCGGACGGACCGACAUUGUAAUUUUUGUAUGCAGCAGCAUUAUUUUGAUUUCAAAUUUUCAUUCGUUACAUGCAAUGAUAACAAUAUGAAUAAAUUUCAUUUUCGUUUGGCCGCAAAUUCGAUUUGUUCAAACUCAAAAACUAUACAUUAAAUUAUAUCAAAUAUAAUACAUAAUCGUGUAUGUGUAACUACAAAACUGCGGUUAACUUAAUUUAAAAAAACAAAAACAAAAACAAAAAAUAAAAAACAAAAUAAAAAAAUAAAGCAAAAUUGCAAAAAAGAAACUCCAAUGAAAGGAGUAUAAAGAAAGCAUCAUGUUCACUACAUACAAAUACAUACAUAUAAACAUAAAUGCAAAAAUAAAAA